AUGGCUGCGUCUGGACACUUCAGGUUGCUCGACCUCCCGAGGGAGCUGCGCGACAUGAUCUACGAGUACGCACUCACCGAGAAAGCUGGACUCGUUGUCUUAAAAUCUACUCCCUCUCGUCUCCGUGCAGCAGACAACCCUCGAGGCCCCGAUCCGAAUUCGCUCAAGUUCGUUUGUCGCCAGCUGUACGCCGAGACUAAGGGCCUCGGUUUGAGAUACAACAAGUUAACUUUCCCCAGCUCAUUCAGCUAUGAACUGUUCGACAAGUUUACUAAGAAGCACUGUUCGCCUGCGAAUUUCGGACGAGUCGGAAGCGUCGCGAUCUUGCAGACGUCAUCUGCGAGACUGCACAUGGAAUUGCAGGCAGCGGAUACGAUCAGCAAGAGAUAUCCAGCCCUGUCUGUGGAGGUACGACUUGAUUGGCUUUCGGGCCAACAUAGUCUCCAGGCUUGGCACUGGGAGGGCAGCGUGGCUCAGUGUGCGAUAAGAGGCACGUUUCCUGUUCUUGCCAGUGCAGAGCUCAAGGAUAGCGCAGGUCGCUUGGCACAGUAUCGCUCUAUCCCUCGAGAUGGCUUUUGGGCGGAUUCGACGGCUGUACAAGUGUUCCCUAAGAGUUUUGACGAGGAAGAACUCAGGCGCACUGAUCCCUACUCUGACAUUGAAGAUGUCGAUGGUUGGGUUGCACAGUGUAAACAGUGGUUCCAGGAGGGUUUUUGA